AUGGCUGUGGGUAAAGGAGCAACAGUUGCAUUUCCAGUUAAAAGUUUAAAUGUCACCGCUAAAAAUGCCACAUCACUGGUAGCACACUGGGCCACUCCUGUUGGAUGUGUACAAGAUUUCCUGCUGUCACUAAAUCACAGCAAUAAACGAGCAAUGGGAAAUUCCAUUGAAUUCCAUAAUCUGCUGCCUGGCUACAGCUAUAGAGUUAGCAUCAUUGUCUAUGGAUUUGGAGAACCGUCAAAAGAAGUGUCCGUUACUACAAAUACUUAUCCUGCAGAUUUAGUGGGCGUAACCUGUGGGUACGCAUCAUCGGGCUACAGCAUUGCAUUAUCCUGGCCACCCCCAUUUGGAAUUUGGACAAGAAUGGAGGUGAAGCUUGCUGGACAAAGUCUUCAAAAUGUGACUGGUUCAAAGACCAGCGUAAUCAUUGAUGGAGUGCAGCCUGGUAACAGCUACACCAUCAGUCUUCAACUGUAUUCAGGAGAUCUGGGCAGCCUGCCUGUAAUAAUCAGCUGUACGACUGACCCAAGAGGCAUUAUAGCUGGUGUGUUGGUGGCAGUCCUAAUACUUCUUAUGGUGAUCCUUGCUAUCGUCGUUUUACGCCGUAAGUCAAAUUGGCUAAGGCAAAAGCGGCUAACAGAAUCUGAAGUAACCGAUGAUAAAUUCAAAGUGGUUCCUGUGGGCAAGUUUGCAGAGCACUUCCACAAACUGAGCUGUGAUCAGAACAGAGGUUUCAGUGAAGAGUAUGAGAACUUGAGCACAGCUGGUGUGGAUCAGCCAUGUCACACAGCCCUCAUUCCAGAAAACAAGGCCAAAAACCGCUUCACCAAUGUGCUGCCCUAUGACUCAUCUCGAGUGAAGCUCUCAGUAAGAAACCGUGACAUGACCUCAGACUACAUCAAUGCCAACUAUAUGCCUGGCUAUGGCAAUAACAACAGGCAAUAUAUUGCUGCUCAAGGUCCUCUACCAAACACAGUGAAUGAUUUCUGGAGAAUGAUUUGGGAACAUGACGUUAAGGGAGUAGUCAUGGUGACCAAUUGUAAUGAAGGAGGGAAGGUUAAAUGUGAACAGUACUGGUCUGAAAUCUCCUUGCCCCAGACAUAUGGAAAUCUGGCAGUAACAGUUACCUCUGAGCACAAAGACAUCGACUGGACUCAGCGAGAGUUUAGUGUCAGAAAUAUGAUGACAUCAGAGGUCCGUCUUGUUAAACAUUUCCACUUCACCGCCUGGCCGGACCACGGCGUACCGAGCGGGACCUCAGCACUGAUGGAGUUCAGAGGGAUCGUGCGACACCACAUAGAGAGCUGUUGCUCACUAGCGCCCACAGUGGUGCACUGCAGUGCGGGGGUGGGUCGAACAGGCACCCUGAUUGCACUGGACGUGGCUCUGCAGCAAUUAGAGAUGGAGAGGGCUGUUGGCCUGGCUGUCUUUGUCCGUAAAAUGAGGCUUAAUCGACCGCUGAUGGUGCAGACAGAGUCCCAAUACAUCUUUUUGCACCAAUGCAUCAUGGACAAACUCAAAAAAGAAAUGAAAACAGAGGAACCUGUUUAUGAAAAUACAGACAUGAUAUAUGUUAAUUCAAUGGCACUGAGAGAUUUUGUUGCACAAAAUCCCAAAUCUUAACGCCUUUAGUUAAUUGCUCUGUCAAUGUGCUUCUUUUGAUAAAGUCUUUCCAAAAUUGUGUUGAAGUGCUCUUUUUCCAGUAGCUGAUCCAUGCCAUUUUAUUGUUUGCAGAUAAUAUUCCAUUUUAUUUAGGUUUUUUUGUGUAUUUUUUAAAUAUUAAUGCAAUACAAACUAAACAUCUAUUUUCUGAAACACAGGUACUGUUGUCAGUGUUGUGGCAGUUGUUUAAAAUAUAUAUAUUUUAAUUUAUUUUCUUUUUAAACUAAUAUGUAAAACAUGUUAUUACAUUCUUUUGCUGAAUUGUUUUAUGAAAUGCAAAAAAUAAGAUGUGAAUAUA